UGCAGACACGUCAUUGAGUAUUGUGCAACUUGCUUGGGACGGUGGCUCUCUUCUCAGCUGAGGACGCUUCCGCCGGCUGCCAUUCCAUGCCUCGAGGAAGGAUGUGACUCUAUGCUCUCGCUAGAAGACAUGGACGGUUAUCUCUCCUUCGAGGAUUUUGAACGUUCACGGAUGCGCUACCUCGCGACCCUGUUUGGAGGCUUCCUGUGUCCGGUCAGCGGCUGCGGCACCGCCAUUCCGAAAGACGACGAAGUAAAUUUUGCGACUUGCGGAGGGUGUCACAAACAGAUAUGCGUCAGUUGCCGCACCGCAUGGCAUAGUGGCAUUGAUUGCAGGGAAUUUCAAGCUGAGCUUGUUCGGCGGGCUGGGGAGCGUGCUAGAGAGGACGAGAGACUUGCCCAAGAAGCAGAGGCCAGAGCCAGGCGGGCAGGCAAGGAGAUUGCUUCGAUUCGGUACAAGCAAGCAAAAACGGCCUUACGUCCUAGUUGCAGAGCCCCCUUUGAGAAGGUUGGAGGAUGUGACCACAUGCGUUGU